AUCUGCACGUGGCAGUAGCAGUGGAAUGCUGCAGUACCUUCAGUCUUGGUUUCCUGGUUGGGGAGGCUGGUAUGGAUAUGCGCAGCAAACAUGUGAAGGUGAAGCUUUUGAAGGACUGUUGCCAGAACAACAGGAACAGUGGAAUCCGGAAGACAUACUAGGAGCAGAUGAUUUUUUGAUCCUGCUGCAGAUGCCUCUAGCAUGAAUACAUUUACAAAAAGAGAUCAUGUUUUUGCUAAAUUAAAUCUACAGUUGCAAGGUGGCUCUUUUACUCUGUUGCACAAGAAGAAGAAAGUGGUGCAUAUUGAGGAGAGUGCUUUUAUGCAGCUGGAGUUUUCAGGUGUAAAGAUCUUAGCAGAAUCUCUUCCUCGACGAAAUUCUUCCCUUCUAAAAAUUCAGCUUGGUGGUCUUUUUCUGAGGGAUUUGGCAACAGAAGGGACCAUAUUUCCUGUUCUUGUUUUCCCUAAUCCACAAAAAGAGGUUGGCUGCGUAUCUUCCUUUGGACUACAGAAUUUGUCUUCAGAAAUGACUAAUCAGAACAUUGUUGCAGAUCCUGAUGCUCCAGUGUUUGAGAUGCUUUAUGAAAGAAAUCCAAUCCACAGCAAUUUUGAGAGGCGCCUGGAAGUCAGUACCAGACCUCUAAAUAUUAUUUACAACCCACAAGCCAUUAAGAAAGUAGCUGACUUCUUCUACAAGGGAAGGGUUCAUACCUCAGGUUUUGGGUACCAGUCUGAGUUAGAGGCAAAAGUGGCUGAAGCUGCCAGAAGACAGUACAACAAGCUGAAAAUGCAGACAAAAGCUGAAAUCAGGCAAACUAUCGAUCGUUUACUAGUGGGAGACUUCAUUGAAAACAGCAAAAGCUGGACAGUGUGCCUUGAUAUUUCUGCCCCUCAGGUGAUCUUUCCUGAUGAUUUCAAAUUUGUGGAUCCAGUGUUAGUUGUUAUAGAUCUGGGAAGAAUAUUACUUACCAAUUCUCAAGACGAAUCUAAAAGGAAUGCGGAUACUUUUUCAUCAGAAUUCAAUGAACUAAGUGAUGAAGAAUAUAAAACGCCUCUUGCAACUCCUCCCAAUACUCCGCCGCCAGAAUCUAGCACCAACAGUGGUAUCAAAAUGUCUGAAUUUACUGGUGUAGAAAUAAGUGAAGAGCAACUACAAGCACACUUAAUGAGUAAAAAAAUGUAUGAGAGAUACACACUUUCGUUUAUGGACCUUCAGAUCAUGGUGGGCCGAGUGAAAGACAACUGGAAGCAUGUUCAAGAUAGUGAUGUGGGUCCAACACACGUGGUAGAAAAAUUCAAUGUUCAUCUGCAAUUGGAACGUAGAUUGAUAUACACAUCUGACCCAAAAUACCCAGGAGCAGUCUUGUCUGGUAGUCUACCAGACUUGAAAAUUCAUAUCAAUGAAGACAAAAUAUCAGCUUUGAAGAACUGGUGUACACAGCUGAGUGCAUCUGAAGCUAAGUCUUCAGAUGGCCUACAUUUAGGAAAAGACAAGAUUUUUUCAGAGGUAGACCAGCUUGGCAGUUUGCAUGAUUCUGUAAUGAAUCUAACACAGAGUGUUGUAAUGCUAGAGCAACAUACCAGGGAAGUUCUUGUUGAAUCUCAGCUGCUUUUGGCUGAAUUCAAAGUAAACUGUAUGCAGCUGGGUGUUGAAAGUAAUGGACGAUAUAUUUCUGUACUCAAGGUUUUUGGCACCAAUGCCCAUUUUGUGAAAAGGCCUUACGAUGCAGAAGUGUCCCUGACUGUUCAUGGCCUGUUACUUGUUGAUACUAUGCAAACAUAUGGAACAGAUUUUGAUCUCUUGAUGGCUUCUCAUAAGAAUCUGAGUUUUGAUGUGCCAACGGGGAGUCUUAGAGACAGCAGGGCUCAGUCACCAGUUUAUGGACCAUGUGAUGCACAUCCCAUUGAUGCAGCUAGUCUGACAGAGAGAUGCACUGCAGCAUCAAACACUUCAUCUGGUAACAAUGGGAAAGAUCAAGAGUCCCUGAUAAAAUUAGAGUAUCAGUUUGUGAGUGCAGAAUGCCCAUCGAUGAAUUUGGAUAGCAGUCUGCAGGUAAUCUCUCUACAGGUCAACAACCUGGAUAUCAUCCUUAAUCCAGAGACUAUUGUUGAACUCAUCGGUUUUCUCCAGAAAUCUUUCCCAAAGGAGAAAGAAGAUUCUAGUCCUCAGCCUUUAAUGGCAGAUUUGGAAAGAGAUUGGAGGGAGCAGGAAACCUUUCAGUCUACUUACGUGCAGAAUACAGAGGUAGCAGUUGAUAUUCACUGGCUGAAUAUACUCCUUCUCAGGACAGUUGGCAUGACAAAUGGAGAAAAAUAUGGCAGAAAAAUUGCUACAGCCAGUAUUGGUGGCACCAAAGUCAAUGUUUCCAUGUGUAAUAAAUUUGAUGUGAAUGGCUCUCUUGGAUGUCUUCACCUUAUGGAUUUAACCCAAGACAGCAUUAAGAACCAGUAUGUUGUCAGCAUAGGGAAUACAGUAAGGUAUGAGAAUCUCAUUGGUGAUGUAGAUUACCUUGAAUCAUUGUUCUUUAGACUUGAUGAUGGAAGUAGCCUUCCAGAUGCUUUAAGUUUCACUUUGACAGAAAAAUCAAAAGAGGAAUGCUCUCUCAAUCUCAAAAUGGCCUCCUUACACUACAACCACUCAGCUAAAUUUCUGAAAGAACUAACUUUGUCAAUGGAUGAAUUGGAAGAGAAUUUCCGCAGCAUGCUGAAAAGUGCAGCUUCCAAAGUUACUACGGUCUUGGCAACUAAAACUGCCGAAUACAGUGAAAUGGUUUCUUUGUUUGAUACAACACCAAGAUCAAGAGAUGUUGCCAGCUUAGAAGAUACUGAUGGCUAUGCAUUUGGAUCACCACCUCUCAAAAGUGAAACUAUUAAGCUUAUACUAAAUGUAAACAUUGAAUCACCAAUUGUCUCAAUACCUCGAAAGCCUGGUAGCCAUGAACUGCUUGUAGGCCAUCUAGGACAAAUAUGCAUUCAGAAUUUUGUACCAGGAGAAGAUGAGUCUACAAGUGAUAGACUGCAAGUUGAAAUUAAAGAUAUUAAAAUGUAUUCUUUAAAUAGCAGUCAGUUUAUGAGCAAGAAGGAGUCUACAAGUGAGAUACCUCAUGGGCUACAUUCUUCAGGUCCUGCCAGUAUUAAUAGCCAGGAAGAAUCCCAUUUUACUCGUCAUGACUUCUUUGAAUCGUUACAUAAAGGCCAUGCUUUCCACAUUCUGAAUAACACCACCAUCCAGUUUAAAUUGGAGAAGAUACCUUUAGGGAGGGAUCUGGAUGUAACGUUCCUGCUGAACAAUGAAGACUUUGGAAUAUCAAGCAUUAUGAAGAUUGAAGGAAAAUUCGUGAACCCUCUUCAGGUCGUGUUAGCAAAACAUGUGUAUGAACAAGUCCUGCAAACUCUGGAUAAUUUAAUUUACAGUGAAGACUUGAACAAAUUUCCAACUGCUACUGUAUUUUCAACUUGUCAGACUUCUCCUUCAGCAUCAGUUCAUAGUACAGGCACAGAAUUCUCAAGUGAAUGGAAGGAUAAUGGCUUAUUCAGCCAUUCUAGUUUUUCUUCUGUUACGAACAAGUCGUUGGCUAUUAGGGAAACAAAAUCUUUUACUCAAAUUCAAGCAAACUUCCAUAUCUCAGAGCUCCAGGUUCAGUUAAGUGGUGAUCUUACACUUGGUGCACAAGGUCUUGUCAGCCUUAAAUUUCAGGAUUUUGAUGUUGAGUUUGCUAAAGAUCAUCCGCAGACUUUGUCUGUUCAGAUUGCCUUGCGUUCUCUACUCAUGGAAGAUCUUCUGGAAAAAAAAACAGACUCUAUGUAUAAGAACCUUAUGGUGUCCCGUGGAGCACCCAAACCAUCCAGUUUAGCACACAAGGAGUAUCUUUCACAGUCUUGUCCCUCAGUAUCCAAUGUAGAAUAUCCCGAUAUGCCACGUUCCCUACCAUCUCAUAUGGAGGAAGCGACUAAUGUCUUUCAGCUGUACCAAAGACCAGUUUGUGCCUCGCGUAAGAAGCAGAAAGAAGAUACUGAUUCCGAGUAUCCUCUGACUCCACCUCCUUCUCCAACAGCAGAUAGAUCCAAGUUGCCUUGUGGAAAAAGCCACUUCGAUGAUUCGUUGGUUCACAUCAAUAUAUUUCUGGUGGAUAGGAAACAUCCUGAAUUUUCUUCUCGCUAUAACAAAAUUAACCGUAGUAUAGACGUUGAUUUUAAUUGUCUUGAUGUCUUAAUAACUUUGCAAACCUGGGUGGUGAUACUGGAUUUCUUUGGGAUUGGAUCCACUGCUGAUAAUCAUGCUAUGAAGCUACAGCCUGAAGAUACUCAGCAGACAACUAAAUCAGAAGUAAAUACCUCAUCAGUUUCUCAAGUCCAAGAGCCUGUAAACACUAAACUGGAUCUGAAGGUCCAUUCUUUAUCUUUAGUACUGAAUAAGACAACUAGCGAGCUUGCUAAAGCCAGUGUGUCAAAACUUGCAGCUCACUUGGAGGUAAUUGAUGGAGAUCUAGCCCUGCAGGGAAGUAUUGGAAGUCUGUCCUUAAGUGAUCUUACAACUCAUGGAGAAUUUUACAGAGAGCGUUUCACUACAAGUGGUGAAGAGGCACUCAUUUUUCAAAUCUAUAAAUAUGGGCGGCCAGACCCGUUGCUGCAGAGGGAAUGUGAUAUUCGUGUCACUCUGCGAAUGGCAUCUGUUCAGUAUGUGCAUACCCAGCGCUUCCAGGCAGAGGUGGUAUCUUUCAUCCAGCAUUUUACUCAACUUCAGGAUGUGCUGGGGCGGCAAAGAGCAGCAGUUGAAGGACAAACAGUAAGAGAUAAAGCGCAGCGAGCUUCCCGAGUUCUUCUUGAUAUUGAGGCUGGUGCUCCUGUUCUGCUUAUACCUGAAAGCUCAAAGUCUAAUAGUCUUAUUGUAGCUAAUCUUGGAAAACUGAAAGUCAAGAAUAAAUUUCUGUUUGCGGGUAUGCCAGGUACUUUCUCAUUAAAGAACAAGCAGGAUUCAUUUCAAUUUUCAUCUCCUUUGGGAACCCCAAAACACAGCAUGAAGAAAACAAGUGCAGAUGAAUCAAAAGUAGUGACGGAAGGGUUGUUCAUGAAAAAGUCAUCAGGAGCAAAUGUUUCUAGGCUGAAGAGUGAGCCUAUGCUGAGUGCAUUGAGUAAGCAACAAGGGCAACAAUCAAAAUUACCUGUUGUACCAAACCCUGACAGCCCAGAGGAUCACAUCUGCCUCUUAGACUGCAUUGUGGUUGAUCUGCAGGACAUGGACAUAUUUGCUGCGGAGAGAUAUCCGAGAGAGUAUUCUAAGGCCGUGGAAGAUACAAGUGCAGACUUGAGCUUUCCAUCAUACUUUGUGAGGCAGACAGGAGGAAGCCUAUUAAAAGAACCUUUCAGACUGAAGCUACAAGUAGAGAGAAACUUAGACAAAGAGCUAAGUCAUGCAGUUGCAGACAUAUUGAUACACGGCAAUCUCUCAUCAGUCCAUUGUUCUCUGGAUUUGCCUAAGUACAAACUGAUACGUGGAUUGCUGGAGAACAACCUUGGGGAGCCUAUAGAAGAGUUCAUGCGACCUUACGAUUUGCAGGAUCCAAGAAUUCAUACAGUUUUGAGUGGAGAAGUAUAUACUUCUAUGUCUUUCCUCAUUGACAUGGUUAAUGUGAGUCUGGAACUGAUGGAUCCAAAAGGAAAAGAUGGAUGCAGCUCUUUAGCCAGGUUUGAUUUUAAGAAAUCUAAGUUACUUUUUGAAAGCUCUUCGAAUAGAACUAAGUCUGUAAACUUAGUUUCCCAUUCCAUGAUGGCAUUUGACACACGUUAUGCUGGACAGAAGUCUACUGCAGGCACACCCAAUGUGUUCAAUUGCAUCUUUCAGUCAUCAAAGAAUACUAGUAGUCCGGGAGCAAUCCAGAUUGAAUUGCAUUACAGGUCUACGAAGGAUUCCUCUAGUUUUACAGUUGUACUGAACAAUCUUCGUGUAUUUCUAAUAUUUGACUGGUUGUUACUUGUUCACGACUUUUUAUAUACUCCUGGAGAUACCAAAAAACGGGAAAAUCUCCUUUCUUCCCGGCAACGCACUUACAGCAGUGAAACAACUGUAGUUCCAAAAACAGUGAAAAGCGGAGUAGUUACAAAACGUUCAUCACUGCAUGUGUCUACAGAAAAACAACUGGAAGUUAAGGUUAAUGUGACAGGAACGGAAUUUGUGGUUGUUGAAGACAUGUCUUGUUUUGAUACCAAUGCAAUUAUUUUGAAGGGAACUACUGUUCUCACUUACAAGCCCAAGUUGUUAGAUCGUCCUUUCUCUGGAAGUUUGUUUGGCAUUGAGGUUUUUUCGUGCCGUUUAGGAAAUGAACAAGAGACUGCACUGUCAAUUAUUGAUCCAGUACAAAUUCAGGUGGAACUUGUUGGGAAUCCUUCCUACCCAAGUGGUUCAGGACUGUUGGAUGCUUUCAACAGUGAGGAUUUUCCUCCUAUUCUGGAGGUCCAGUUGCAAGCACUGGAUAUCAGACUGUCCUACAAUGAUGUUCGACUGUUCUUGGCAAUUGCUAAAUCAAUUCCUCAACAGACUAGUGCAGCUGUGCCUGACUCAACUAUAUCGACUGCUGAAAGUACGACUAACACUAGUUCAUCACUGGUGAAUGAAACUUCUUGCUUCACAAAUGAAAAUAGAGAGAUACCCAAACGUGUUUUGGAUCCUGUUCUUGAGGUACAGCUGGCUCGCCUUCAGGAAUUGGGAUUCAGUAUGGAGGAUUGUCGUAAAGCUCUUCUGAUUUGCCAAGGUGACUUGAAAAAAGCAGCAAGUUGGUUAUUUAAGAAUGCUGAACCUCUGCAGUCACUUUCCCUGACUUCCUCUGGCCGAGAUAGCCGGGGGAUUGUGCCUUUUCAGUUCAUCUCUGGAGUGGAAAUAAAAGCAGAAAAUAUAUGUAUUUGCUUUAUUGAUGACUGCAUGGACUGUGAUGUUCCUCUUGCUGAGUUAACGUUUUCACGUUUGAAUUUUCUCCAACAUUUGAGAGCCAACCCUGAAGGCUAUGCUCAUUUUACCCUCUCCGGAGACUAUUAUAACCGUGAGCUUUCAGGCUGGGAACCAUUUAUUGAGCCGUGGCCAUGCUCAGUUUCCUGGCAACAGUAUGCUUCAAGCCGCCUCCACCCUUCCCGACUGAAGCUGGAAAUUAAGGCUAGACACCGUUUGGAUAUAAACAUUACCUCUGUUUUCAUAGAACAGUACACAAGUACCAAACAGUCAUGGAUGGAAGAUUACUGUAAACAGGACAAAGAAGUAAAUGCCAUCAGUUCAGAAGAUUGGAUGGGCUCUUCAGUGGAUUCACCAUGUUUUGGGCAGAGCCUUCCUCUUGUCUACCUUAGAACUAGGAGUACAGCCAGUUUGACUAAUCUAGAGCAUCAAAUCUAUGCUAGAGCUGAGGUGAAGACCCCAAAACGUAGACAGCCGUUUGUCCCAUUUGCUCUGAGAAAUCAUACUGGAUGCACUCUGUGGUUUGCUACCCUAACUACAACACCUACCCGGGCUGCAUUGUCUCACAGUGGGAGUCCAGGUGUUGUUCCUGAGGAAAAUGGGACAUUACUGGAUGAUGCCCAUAAUGUCAGUGAGUGGCAAGAAGUUAUCACGGGGGAAGAAAUUCCAUUUGAAUUUGAAGCCAGAGGGAAACUCAGACACAGGCACACACACGACCUGAGAAUUCAUCAGUUGCAAGUGAGAGUAAAUGGCUGGGAAGAAGUCAGUCCAGUGUCUGUAGACAAGGUUGGAACCUUUUUCCGAUACGCUGCACCAGACAAGAACUCAUCUUCUUCUACUGUUGGAAGCCCAAUAAAUAGAACAAAUAUAAUACAUCCACAAGUUUAUUUUUCUUCAUUGCCUCCAGUUCGUGUGGUAUUUGAAGUAACCAUGGAAGGUAGCGCUCGGAAAGUGAUAACGGUGCGCUCAGCCUUGAUUGUGAAGAACAAGCUGGAAACACCGAUGGAACUAAGACUAGAUAGUCCUUCUGCUCCUGACAAACCUGUAGUUCUUCCAGCGGUUAUGCCAGGAGAUUCCUUUGCUAUUCCACUCCAUCUUACAUCUUGGCGCUUACAAGCCAGGCCAAAAGGACUGGGAGUCUUUUUCUGUAAGGCUCCAAUUCAUUGGACGAAUGUUCAGAAGACAGCAGAAGUAUGUAGCAGCAAGCGAGAGUGUCAUUCAAUGGAGUCUGAAAAUAGCCGAUUUUUCAGGUUUUGUGUGGCGAUAAAGAAAGAAAAUUACCCCGAUUACAUGCCCUCCCACAUAUUUUCUGACAGUGCUAAACAGAUUUUCAGGCAGCCUGGGCAUACUAUUUAUCUCUUGCCAACUGUGGUAAUCUGUAACUUGCUGCCUUGUGAACUUGAGUUUUAUGUUAAAGGGAUGCCAAUUAAUGGGACACUUAAACCUGGCAAGGAGGCAGCAUUGCACACAGCUGAUACAUCUCAGAACAUUGAGCUUGGGGUAUUGCUAGAAAACUUUCCAAUCUGUAAAGAACUAUUGAUUCCUCCUGGGACACAAAACUAUAUGGUGCGGAUGCGAUUGUAUGAUGUCAACAAACGGCUGCUAAAUUUGACCAUAAGGAUUGUAUGUCUUGCUGAAGGUUCUCUAAAAAUAUUCAUUUCAGCACCAUAUUGGUUAAUCAAUAAAACAGGCUUACCACUUAUCUUCAGACAAGAUAAUGCAAAAACAGAUGCUGCAGGUCAGUUUGAAGAGCAUGAACUUGCUAGAAGUCUCAGCCCGCUUCUGUUCUGUUACGCUGAUAAAGAACAGCCAAACUUUUGUACAAUGCGGGUUGGAAAAGGGAUCCAUCCUGAAGGUAUGCCUGGCUGGUGCCAGGGUUUCUCUUUGGAUGGCGGUAGUGGUGUCAGAGCCCUUAAAGUGAUCCAACAUGGAAACCGACCAGGCCUCAUUUACAACAUUGGUAUUGAUGUGAAAAAAGGCAGAGGUCGUUAUAUUGAUACAUGCAUGGUAACAUUUGCACCCCGUUACCUGCUAGAUAAUAAAUCAACCUAUAAGCUUGCCUUUGUUCAGCGGGAAUUUGCCAGAGGCCAGGGAACAUCCAAUCCUGAUGGCUAUCUCUCCACACUUCCUGGUUCCAGCGUUGUGUUCCACUGGCCACGUAACGAUUAUGAUCAACUCUUAUGUGUGAGAUUAAUGGAUGUCCCAAACUGCAUUUGGUCUGGAGGAUUUGAGGUCAACAAAAAUAACUCAUUCCAUAUUAAUAUGAGGGACACCCUGGGAAAAUGCUACUUCUUAAGAGUAGAAAUUACUCUUCAAGGAGCCACAUAUCACAUUGCAUUCAGUGACACAGAUCAGUUACCACCACCUUUUCGCAUAGACAAUUUUUCCAAGGUCCCAAUUGUUUUUAAUCAGCAUGGUGUUGUCGAGCCAAGACUAUACACUGAAGUGAAGCCUAUGACCUCUCUAGAUUAUGCCUGGGAUGAGCCUGUUCUACCACCUUUUAUAAUGCUGACAGUUAAAGGGGCUGGCUCCUCAGAAAUUGUCUGUAGCAUGAAUGACUUCCAAGAUAGCAAACAGCUUUAUUAUGAAAACUUCAUUUAUAUUGCUGCUGCGUACACUUUCUCAGGUUUACAGGAGGCAAGCGUAAGGCCAGUUGCUUCAAACAGGGAUGCUGCAUAUGCAGAGCUUGUCCUUGAUGUUUCUCCAAAGACGCAGCGAGUUAUACUGAAAAAGAAGGAGCCAGGAAAGCGAUCCCAGCUUUGGAGAAUGACUGGCACGGGAAUGCUUUGCCAUGAAGGUUCAUCAGUUCCUCAUAACCCCCAUAAACCUUCUCCUAGGUCUGUGGAGUCUUGUAUGAUUUUAGAUAUUGCAGGUCUGGCAGCUGUCACAGAUAACAGGUAUGAGCCACUGAUGCUGAGAAAGCCUGAUCGACGGCGCAGUACCACCCAGACAUGGAGCUUUCGUGAUGGAAAGUUGACCUGUGGUAUUCAUGGACUUGUUGUCCAGGCAAAGGGAGGAGUAUCAGGUCUUUACGAUGGAGCAGAAGUUGUUCUUGGUCCUGACACUUCUCUUGAACUUUUGGAGCCAGUUCCACCUGAACAGCAGUUCAUAAACCAGAAGAUGAGGCCUGGCUCGGGAGUACUAGCUGUUAGAGUCAUCCCAGAUGGGCCAACUCGAGUUCUCCAGAUAACAGAUUUUAACCAACGUAGAAAUGAUCGUUUAUCUGGUGAAGGAGAUGAAUUUCCAGUUAUGGAACAAGAUCUACGCAAGUUAAAAAAUCCAAAUAUGGAGCAGGAAUUAGAAGUGCUUGUGAGACUGGAAGGUGGAAUAGGAUUGUCUUUAGUCAACAAAGUCCCUGAAGAGCUGAUAUUUGCAAGCCUCACAAGAAUUAAUGUCCACUACACACAACUGUCAACAAGUCAGGUGCUAGAGCUCAGUGUGCAAGAUGUACAGGUGGACAACCAGCUUAUUGGCACCACACGGCCUUUCAUGCUCUUUCUGACGCCUAGGAUGAGUGAGAAUGAGCCUGUGGAGACUGGUCCUGCAGUGCAAGUAAAUGCAAUGAAAUUUCCCAGUAAGAAUGCGAUGACUGAUAUAUACAAGCAUCUGAUGAUCACUGCUCGGAAGUUCACAGUUCAAAUUGAGGAGAAACUGCUUCUGAAGCUGCUGAGUUUCUUUGGCUAUGCUCAGUCUGAAUCAGAGGUUGAAAAGUAUGAUGAAAACCUCCAUGAAAAGGUUGCUGAAAAAACUGGAGGACAAAAGCGAUACUACUUUGAAAAUCUCAAAAUAAGCGUGCCUCAAAUAAAGUUGAGCGUCUUCACUUCUAAUAAGCUACCUUUGGAUCUCAAGGCAUUGAAGAGCACACUGGGAUUUCCUCUAAUCAGAUUUGAAGAUGCUGUGAUUAAUCUGGAUCCUUUCACUAGGGUCCAUCCAUAUGAAACUCGGGAGUUUAUCAUUAAUGACAUUCUGAAACACUUUCAAGAGGAGCUGCUCAGUCAGGCAGCAAGGAUUCUGGGUUCUGUGGAUUUCCUUGGCAACCCAAUGGGUCUACUGAAUGAUGUUUCAGAAGGUGUUACUGGACUUAUAAAAUAUGGCAAUGUUGGUGGUCUCAUCAGAAACGUCACGCAUGGAGUAUCAAAUUCAGCUGCAAAGUUUGCUGGGACCUUGUCAGAUGGUUUGGGUAAGACAAUGGAUAACAGACACCAAACCGAACGAGAAUACAUUCGAUACCACGCUGCAACCAGUGGAGAGCAUCUUGUAGCUGGAAUCCAUGGACUUGCACAUGGUAUCAUUGGAGGAUUGACAAGUGUAAUAACUUCAACAGUUGAAGGUGUGAAAACCGAAGGUGGUGUCAGUGGUUUCAUAUCAGGCCUUGGGAAAGGCCUGGUUGGCACAGUAACCAAACCUGUGGCUGGAGCUCUGGAUUUCGCAUCAGAAACUGCACAGGCAGUGAGGGACACCGCCACUCUGAGUGGCCCCAGGACACAAGCGGAGAGAGUGAGAAAGCCACGCUGCUGCAGAGGACCCCAAGGGCUCUUGCCCCGCUAUUUAGAAAGUCAAGCGGAAGGACAAGAACAGCUGUUCAAACUGACCGACAACAUCCAAGAUGAGUUCUUCAUAGCAGUGGAGAACAUAGAGAAGUAUUGUGUUCUCAUUUCAUCUAAGGCUGUUUAUUUCCUCAAGAGUCGUGACUACACAGACCGUGAGGCCAUCUUCCUAGAAGUCAAGUAUGAUGAUCUCUACCACUGUCUUGUUUCAAAAGAUCAUGGAAAGGUGUAUGUACAGUUGACGAAGAAAGCUGUUAAUACAAGUAGUGGUGUAGCAAUUCCAGGUCCAUCCCAACAAAAACCAAUGGUCCAUGUGAAAUCUGAAGUUCUUGCCGUAAAGCUCUGUCAAGAAAUAAACUAUGCAAAGAGCCUAUAUUAUGAACAACAGCUUAUGUUAAGACUCAGUGAAAAUCAAGAACAAUUAGAGCUGGACUCUUGAAACAUCUUCCUUACUGACAGAGUGAAUUGCAAGAAUCAGUCUGGAGCUGAUGGUAUUCUGUAACUAGAGAAAAUACUAUAUGGGAAGGAAAUAAAUAUGAUUUUAGUAUUUAACUAUAUGGAAUCAUUGUGAGUAAGAAAAUAAGUGUGGUGGGCUUUGUUUUGUUUUUAAAGCAUUAGUUGUAUAACUAAGAUACAGCUGAAAUGCAUCUGGUUCUGGGAGAAGCCUGUAUUUUGCUAACAUGUAUAUAUGUAAAAGUGUUUCUUGUAAAUAAGAGGGUACAGACCAGGGUGUUGGUAUAAAUAGAAGUCUGUUUACUGUGUAAAGAAAUUAAAGGAUCUAUACUGAGUCUUACUGCAGUACCUGAAACCACCUGUUCUCUCUCUCUCUCUCUCUCUGCUUUUCACAGUUCAGGAAUAUAGGCAAGAGUU